AGGGUCGCCGUCCUCGAGCAGCGCGUCGCCGCCGCGACCAGCGCCGCGAACCGGGGAGCCUGGCCGGGCGCGUAUCCGCCGGACCCCAUGGUGCCGCCCGGCAUGGGCCUGCCGCCGGGGAUCUCGCAGGCGAUGAUGCCCGGCAUGGGGUUGGGCAUGGUUGGGAAGGGCGCUGGCGCGAAGGCGCGCCCCCAGGGCCAGGCGGCGCAGCCCAAGGUGCCGGCGAAGGCUGGUGGCGAGAAGGCGGCGGCGAAGGGACCACCGACGGACGAGGAGGUGCAGGCGCACUUCAAAAAGCUCUCUCUUGAGGCGAGCAGCGCGCCCCCCGCGGAGGCGCCGCCGCCGCCGCCCGCGGGCCUGGAGGCGCCAGCGCCGGAGGGCUCUGACGACCAGGCGGAGGCCAGCGCGUCGGCGGACGGCGAGUGAUCGCCGCGAGCCCGGCGCGCCGUGUAAUUGCGACGGCUGCCCAGUCGUGGUCGACCAGGGCUCGAGCUGAACGGAGCUUUUGGGCAGCUCCGCGGAUCCUUUUCGCUUUGCUGUCGCUUCGCAGCAACAAGAGGCAGGGACAUCCGCAGUGUAUGCCGACUUUUGUUCUUCACACGGGGCGGUCGCCGGCAGCGUGGCGGCUCCGACGGCAGUUGGCCGCGGGGCCGCGCGGAAGGCAGUCGCCUCCCUCGCGGGGUGGCGGCGCUUGCGAGGGCGGUGGCGCUGAAUAGCUCGGGGGCG